GACCAGCGAAAAACGUGAGAAUGUAUUGAGCUGAGACACAAAUCAUCGGAAUUUAGUAGAUGAAUCCUAUUUGACGAAGAAUGAGUUAUUACCUUUGAAGGCGUGGUCGAAGUUUGCUUAAACCUUUUCUAUUCGUUUUGAGAUAAGAGUGGAAAUUGGCGAAUUUUUGAUUGGUAAAACCGGUAGUAGGAUAGAAGAAUGGGAAGAUGGAGUGAGUUUUGGGUGGUACAGGAUUUCGAGGUAGAUUCGAGAGGAGUUAAAAAAGGCAGUUCUAAGUAAUCGAGAACAGAGAUCAGUUCUAGAGAGCUAGAAUAAGAAGUUUGUGCCUUUCCGUCAGCAGGCUCUUUGCCUUGCUGACGGAGAAAAUUGUUGAAAAUAGUUCAACGGAGAAAAUUGUUGAUAGUAGUUCAAUGAAGAAGAUUAGUUGUUUGUAUUUAGUACAGUUUCUUUAAGUUUUUGUUCCAGAGCUGAAGUAGGCUAAAGUGGCUGCUGUGGUCGUAGGGAAUGUAAAUAUUCUCGACCGUAUUUUGUGUUCCUAGUGAUGGAUUAAACACAUCCUUUAAUUUUCUUUUGUCGAAAAGUUCUUCAUUUCUUUCAAUCAAGUUUAAUAAAUAAUAAUAAUAAUAAUAUCCAAAUUUGCAUACAAUAAACGAACAAUGGAAUUUCAUCUCUAAUAUAAUUAAUACCUGUACUUUGUCUGUAAAAUUUAGUGUUGUUAUGUGCGUGACAAAAAAAUGUGUCGUAACAUCAGGACAAUGUUUAACACCGUAACUGCCGCAUGGAUGGACUAUGGAUGGAUAAAGAACACAUCAAGAUUUUCUUUACCAAUCUCUAUCGCCCUUAUAAAGUAAUCAGGCAUGAAAGUAGCCUACGGACUAUAUGACAUUUGAUGAAUGAAGAUAAAUAUUAUUAGCAAAAAUAUGGGGAUUAAAAAUAAAUUCCAGUACAUGUCCAGUAAAAAUUUUAUUUUCGAAAAUCGUGAGCUUCCGAAUCGUAAGACAAAAUGGUCGUGCUUCAUAAAAAUAAUAAACUGUUGUCGUGCCUCAGGAAUAUAAUAACAAAAUUAAGAGCUAUGAUACAUAAUAUUCACGACAACGAUUUCUUAGUAUAAAUAGAGCACAUUUUGAUGCAGGGUUUACGUUUUGCUGAGCUUUGAGUUUUGCUGAAGGUUAAGAAAAAGCACAAUGAAAGUGUUUAUUCUUAUUACUUGUCUUGUUGUGGUAUCUCCAAACUGGAUGGAAAUGAGCAACGGAGCUCUUGUAAGAAUUCCUCUGAAAAAAGUCAAAAAUGAACAAAACAUAUUGAGUAAUCUCGUAAGAAGUGGACUACAUGGUAAAUUAAGAAAGACAGGAAAAGUGUCCUUGACCAACGAGCAGAAUAUGGGUUAUUAUGGAGAAAUCGGUAUUGGAACCCCUCCACAAAAGUUUAAUGUAAUUUUUGACACCGGAUCUGCCGACCUUUGGGUGCCUUCUUCUCAGUGCCCAAAAAAGUUAGAUAAGACUAAUGCUUGCCAAAGCCAUAAACAAUACGAUGCGAGCAAAUCUUCAACAUAUAGAGCCAACAAUACAAAAAUCCACUUCGAUUAUGGAACAGGAAAUGUGGAUGCCGUUUUAUCUGAAGACAAUGUAGAGGUUGGCGGAAUUGUGGUAAAGAACCAAAUCUUCGGUGAAGCAACUAUAGAACUCAAUAUCCCGAAAGGUAAUCAGGACGGUCUUUUAGGACUAGGUUCCUCAGAGCUGUCACCUAAAAAUACUCCUACAGUUAUUGAAAAUAUGGUUCAACAAGGUUUACUGGACAAACCAGUGUUUUCGUUUUAUUUGAGUCAAGCUGCCACUGGUGAUAAAGGAGAACUUGUGCUCGGUGGAUCAGAUCCAAAGGAUUACAAAGGAGAUUUCACGUACGUACCAAUAUCAGGUAAACCCGAAUGGCAAGUUUCGGCGCAAGGUAUUUCUAUAGGCAACCAACACGUGUGUCAAAAUGGAUGUGAAACUAUUAUAGAUACUGGUACUUCUGUUAUCCUUGGACCAUGGGACGACGUUGAAGCUAUCAACAAUGUAAUUGGUGGAAAAGUGGCUACCUGCAAUGAUCCAAAUAAUACAAUGGUCUAUUGUAUUGAUUGUAACACCAAUUUAAAUGAUCUUCCUGAUGUAGUAUUUUCUUUUGGAGGUCAACAGUUUGCCAUACCUGCUUCAACUUAUAUUGUAAAGAAUAGUGAUCUAUGUAUAUCCAGUUUCGCAAAACAAUCUAUAUUGGAGCUACUCCUAGAAGGUACAUGGCUGGUAGGAGAUACAUUCCUGAGGAGUGUUUACACCGAAUUUGACUUUGGUGAAAACCGCAUUGGAUUUGCAAAACUUGCAAAAACAUAUUAAAUUUAUAAAUAAUUAAUAAUAAAACAUAUUUUUUAAGAA